AUGGCGACAACUCUGAUCAUUUCCGGAGAGAAGCCAAACGCGCCAUUGGACAGUAGUUCAACGAGCGGGUCAAGUGACGAGUCCCAAGGAGAGGACUACGGAAAGGAGGAGAAGGUGGAGGACCAUCAAAACCCAAUAGAGGAUCACGACCACUCUACCGAGACGUCAGAACUACAGGAAAUAUUCACAGCCAUAAUUUAUUCUAACAAAAGCUUGAUGAAGCUUUUAAUGGCCAUUCGAAGCUCGCCUGCUCGAGAUGACUACAUUAAAGUAGCUUCACGUUACAAAGACUGGGAUCCAUACCCAGAUAUUAGGCAGGUGAAAGAGAAGCAUGCAUCUGCCAAAGGAAGUACUGGCUGGAUGCUCACUCGUCUCGGAAAUGUUAUUGCUAGGCGUCGCCAAUUCCUCAAAUACCGUUUCGAACAUUCUGAGAAAAUGGCUGGUGGAUGGGACGAGGCGGAGAAGACACAGAAAGAGGUUGAAAACCCCGAGAAGACGAUCGCAUGGACGAAAGCAACGACUUUCAUUCGAAACGACACGGUUUACCAGAGAGAAGGGUCCGAUACCGCGGGUUCCUUUGGCUCACAGACAUCUUACGGCCAGACGGUCUUAGGUGAUGAGACUGCAGCCUCUAAGCUCGCCGUUCCCCCGCCUCCAACUUUGGCUUUCCUGCAAGCUCUAUUUUAG